CGUUUUUUCUCUGCUUGUUACAAUUAUCAGGUACCGGCCUUUGAAGUGUGCAUUUGUGACCUUGCAGUUCUCUUGAAGAAAAAGUUCAUACGCACUGCUUAUGAGUGCACUAAUAUGGAGACAAGACGAACAACACACGACGUGGUGGUGGAGUUACAGUCAACGGAAAUGACCCCUGGGAGUCUGGAGGUACCAGUCCGACGAUCUUCACGAAACGCUCGGCUACCCAAACGCUUCCAGUACUCACCGGAAACAGCUGGCGUUAAAAGACCCAAUCGGAAAAGGGGGAGAAGAAGAAGUCACAUUGACCAAAACAGAAAGGAUGUUGGAAAUAGUGAUGAGGAGGGUUCAUCUGUUGCAAAUGGGGUAUUGUCGUCAUAUGAACUGGAGCGUCUGGAAAACAUCAGACAGAAUCAAGUUUUUCUGUCAUCUAUCAACUUAUUCCAGGCAACUGAGGAGUUGAAGCAGUUGAACCGGCCAAAGCCGUCGCAGAGGAGUCUCAUGAGGACAAAGGCAGCUGUAAAAGAAGCGCUGCCAGCUCGCAAAUCACUUCGUCUCCAACAUAAAGAGCCAGAGAUGUUGGCACUUCCUCCUGAACCCAGGGCGCUGCUGAUCACGCAAAGGAAACCUCCUGGUCCUCUGCCCAUGGAUCCAGUCAACAUGGAAGAGGGAAGCAAGCUGCCAUCACAACUUCUGGAGCUCUGGUCCGAGGGUUCAACAGAAGAAAGAAAAAUAAGGCUUAAUCUGAAAGAGUACAUCUCAGCUCUUAAGAACAUGAGGGCAACUGAGGACGGAGUGGCCAAAGUGGGGACGGAGCGCAUCUUCUCUGCUGCCUUCCACCCCUGUGCCAGCAGCCUGUUGAUGGCCACAGGAGACAAACUGGGGAGAGUUGGACUCUGGAAGUUGGGUGGUGAUUGGGGUGACGAUGGUGUGCUACUUUUCGAGCCCCACACUCGUCCAGUAAGCUGCAUGGCGUUCUCCAAGGCUUAUCCCACCCAGCUGCUGAGCCUCAGCUAUGAUGGAUCUUUACGCUGUAUGGAAGUGGAGAAGGCUGUUUUUCAUGAUGUGUAUGGCACUGGCGUUGGCCUGAAAACAUUUGACUUCAUGUCCCACGACUGUUUCACACUCGUAGUUGGGAACUGGUCGGGAGAUGUUGCCAUUGUUGAUAGACGGACCCCAGGAAACACUCAUGAGUCCCUCCACUCAUUGGACCCCAAGACUCUGCAUUGUGUUAGCGUCCACCCUUCACAGAAGCAGUACUUUGCUGUUGCAGAAAGCAAGGUCGUGAAUAUUUACGACAGCAGAUAUCUGAAAGAGACUCGAAGUCAGGCAGUCUCCAAGCUGCAUGGACACUCUUCAAGCAUAACGAGCGCUUAUUUCUCCCCUCACACCGGCAACAAAGUUCUCACCACAUGUAUGGAUAACCACAUAAGGAUAUAUGACACAUCUGCAAGGACUACAACAUCUCCCUUGCUGACAUCAAUCAGACACAACAUGCACACAGGCCGAUGGCUGACCAAACUAUCAGCCAUGUGGGACCCCAAACAGGAGGAUUGCUUUGUGGUGGGCAGCAUGUUUCAUAGUCGGAUGGUGCUGGUGUUCCACGAAAGCGGCCAGCUCCAGCACUCCUUCAUCGAUGCCGAGAACAUUCACCCAGUGCUGUCGGCCACUGCUUUCCACCCAACAAGGAAUGCCUUCCUGGGUUGCAAUGCGUCAGGGCGCCUGCAUGUCUUUUCUGACUGAGGUGAAGACCAAAAUAUCUGUCGGAGCCUUUUAGUUGCCUUCGUUAAGGUGGGCAGAAUAAGUUCGGAAAAGUUUUUUUACACAGUCAAGGUGUUAAGUUCGCACAGAGAGGAUGGAUAUCUCAGCACCAGUCGUGACAAUUGUCCCUUAUUUGUUAUUUGCUCUGGAUCUCCAUAUCGCUUUAAGACAGUGUUGUCAUAGAUACAAUACUGUGAAUACAGUUGUAAAACACAACUAUAUCCACCGUUUUCAGUCUUGAGUCUGCCUUCUGUGGAAGGGGCGGUAGUAACUUUGCACAUGAGGACACUCCUCCAAAUAUUGUACUGCUGCUCAAACUGUCAAGGUGCAUGUGACUGCGUGAGCAGCAGUGUCCUGCCACAGUCUUGACUGACUUGAGGUCUGGACUUGUGAAGCCACUCCUGUCUAGAUUUGGAUUCCUGUUUGGGUUUGUUGUCUCACUGGAAAGUUCAAUUUAAGUCGUAGUUCUCUCCUUGGAAUCGCAAGGAUUUAUUUGUGCUUUUCUGCAUUAAAGCUAGGGUUGCUCAUCUUUGUUACAUUUAUUGAAACUCAAUAUAUUCCGACAGCAAUCGAAAAAUCAAAUGCUCAAACGGAAGAACUCUGUCAUCUGUAACCGUCUCAUGUCUUUGUGUCUUUCAACCUGCGGGUUGCAAAUUAAUAACUCUGAUUGACUGGAUGACUGUUGACUUUUCUGUUCUCAUAUCUGCAGUGUUUAUUACUCGAAAUGUCUUACAGAACCAUAAUUAAUUUAAAAAUUUGUAUUGAUUGAUCCCUGUUUUUUUUCGGAUUCUUUUUUAUUUUGUUGCUGCUGAAGUAAACAGAAUAAAAAUAUAGUUUUUUACACUAAA